CAUCGCGCUGCCUGCGGCGAACUUCACGCGCUCCGCGCGCGGUGGUCGGGGCCCACCCGGCCGCGGAUGGACUGCCGGCUCGAGGACUGCAUAGGGCUGGGCAUGACAGCGGCUCGUUCGCUGCACGCGCUGGGGGCUGAUCACGUGCACCGCCUCGAGUCCUGUCGGACGGUCGCCGUGUGCGCGAGUCGCCGUGUGCAGGCUGCGGUCCGUCACGGGGCGCCGAUCGCGGGCGCCCCUGCCCUCUGUCGCGGCUUCGUUCGCGAGGCCACGCGCGAGCACCCGGCCAGCGCGCGCGCCGUG